AUGGAUGAUACUCUAUGUCAAAACUUUGAUGUUUUGAGGUAUUAUUUAACAGAUGAAUUAGGGGGAACCACAAGAUAUGAAUUUAAUCAAAUUACAAAUUUCAAUAAGUACUGCCCUAGUGGAAACUGCAAUAAUGAUCUCGAAAAAAUUACAAUUGGAUUUUUAUGGUUACUUGAACAAUGUUUUUCUACAUCCGUAAGUAAAAAGCAUAAUGAAAAUAAUACUAAUGCAUAUUUUAUAUAUAUUAUAUUAUGGUUAAGUCACAAGUUAAAUCAAAUAACAGGUCACAAUUCCACCACAAUAAACGAUUUUUAUAAUGAACAUGUAAAAAAUAGUGGUAAAUAUAGUAAUUUUAUAAGUGAUUCCAGUAGAUAUACAGAUCUUAAGGAAUUCAUAGAUGAACGAAAAGAUUUGUUGAAUAUUAAUAUUGAAGAUCUGUCUAAAUUUUAUGAUGUAUCCAAAUUAAUAUGUAGUAUGUAUGGUAAUGUUGCAAAGAAUGAAAAAGGCGCCACCCUGUCAAAUAAUGCGAAUAAUUUUGUUAACAAAUAUACAACCCUUAACAAUGACUGUAAUAUUAAAGGUACCGUACGUAGUAAAAUAUUUUCUACUUUAUCAACUGAUUAUGAUAAUAUAAAAAAUGAAUGUAAAGAUGCUCAAUGUAGCAAUUUUCCAAUCCUUCCAGCGAUAAAAACAACACAAAAUGCUACAAAUGGUCCUAAACAAGCUUCUGAAACUAUUUCUAUAACUAAUUCUAUAAAAACUUCUUCACAAACAUCUGAAGUUACAUCAUCAAGUUCGUCGAUAGGAAACAAAUUAUUUACAGUUUUAUCGAUAUUUGGUGCAAUAGCAUUUUUUUUAGGAAUUUCUUAUAAGUAUUCGCUAUUUGGACGUCGGAAACGAGCUCAAAAACAAUAUUUAAGAGAAAAAAUAAAAAAUAUAAAGAAGAGAAUGAAUCAUUAA